GCAUUGAGGUUAGCUUUUUGUUCUUGAUGGGAGCUUUGCUGAGAUCUAAUAAUGUGUGAUAGUUCUUUUGCAUGUUCUUUGGGGCUUUGAACAAACUAUAUACUUUGGUGGUUAUGACAUCAUGAUCAUAUAAGCUAGUGUUGAGUCUCCUCACAAUUCUGUGAUGUAUUGUGGUGAAAGAGAGGACAGCAAUGUGGAGGUCACGCAGUGCUCCAGAUCUGCUGAGACAACAGAGAGCCACUCAACACCAGCCGGGGAGAAAAUCUCCUGGGAGAGCUUCUUGAUAAGGGCGGAGACAGACAGAAGAGUCAACAACUCCAUGCCAGGGACUUUUCCUGAUUUUUCACCGACCAAGAGAGGUUCUAAAAGCACUACAGAUAUUCCUCAUCCAAGCAUUUGCUUGCUUCCUCCCUGCCCUUCAGACAACGCAGAUAAAGAGCAGAGUAAUUGGCGUCGCUGUUCAUUGAUUGAAACCAACAAUGUCUCAAGGUUCCGUCGACAUGCUCUCAGUGUCCCAAACAUGGGCUCAUCCAGCCCGCUCCAUUUCCUCAACAGCACUCCUCUCCUCAGCAGCCCUAUCUCACCAGCACACAGCAGCAUUUCUAGCCCUGGAAGAGAAAUAGAGAGGCUUGCCAAGGCUCGCAGUAAACUACUGGAGAGUGAGAACCAACAAACACCCAGAAUUCCCCCUGAAACCAGAGAGCAACAUCGCUAUGUGUCCAAGGAUGGGAAGUGCAGAGUCAACCUGGGCCAUAUUGAUGAAAGGGGUCGUUUUCUGUCUGAUAUUUUUACUUCUUUUGUGGACCUCCAGUACCGCUGGUUUCUAUUUGUUUUCAUGAUGUGCUAUAUAACGACUUGGUUCUUAUUUGCUGGGCUCUAUUACAUUAACGCAUCCAUUAGAGGUGACUUAGUACAAGAGCGACCUCUUGGUACUAAUCAGAACAAAUAUGGGGAACAAUAUGCUUGCUACGUGGGUAUAGACGGUUUCAUAUCCGCUCUCCUCUUCUCUGUGGAAACACAGCGUACCAUUGGUUAUGGUUCAAGGACUGUAUCCGCUUCCUGCCAAGAGGGCGUCCUGCUUGUCAUGUUGCAGUGCAUUGUAGGCUCCAUGAUAGAUGCCCUCAUGGUGGGCUGUAUGUUUGUGAAAAUAUCCCGCCCUAAAAAGCGAGCUGAGACACUUCUUUUCAGUCGUACAUGUGUCAUUGCAAACCGGGAUGACCAGCUAUGCCUGAUGUUUCGUAUCGGAGACCUGAGAGAAAGUCACAUGGUGGAUGCAAAGGUUAGAGCAAAGUUAAUCAAGUCCCGCCAGACAGCCGAGGGAGAAUUCCUGCCUCUUGAACAGACAGAGAUUGAUCUUGGUUAUGAAACUGGAUCGGACAGACUUUUCCUCGUUGAACCUCAAGUCAUAAAGCACAACAUUGAUGUCAACAGUCCUCUGUGGAACCUGGGCCCUGAGCAACUUAGACGGCAACAGUUUGAGAUAAUUGUUAUCUUGGAAGGAAUUGUUGAGGCCACAGGAAUGAUGUGCCAAGCCAAAACAUCUUACAUUGAAACAGAGAUUGAGUGGGGUGCACGCUUUGAACCAUGUAUGACAUUGGAGAAAGGCUCAUUUCGAGUGGAUCUGCGUCGGUUUCACAGCACCUACAAGGUACCACUGCCUAACUGUAGUGCCAGCCAAGCACACCAGCUGAUGCUUCUGGCUGAUUGCAAUGCCCAAAGCCACAAGGCCUGCAGAGACUGGGUAGCUUUUGCAGAGAGAACAGCUAUGGAGGACAAGGACAAGUCUCCGUCUCAUGUUCGGUUUACUAUCGGUGACAUUCAGGAGGAAAGGUCAGACAGUAAUGAAAACGAAGCAAGUGCAGAGCAGAUUCUGUAAUAGAAUCCUGGAAGGACUUCAAAGAUUUACUUUACUUUUAAAUGUGUAUAGAUUCAUCUAUUGAUAAACAAAUUUUGGUUAAGCAUUUUUUCACUAAAAUUGACAUGGAUUGUAAAAAAGCAAGAGCAUGAAUAAAAUGUAAUACUGACAAAUAGACUGCACUUUACUGCCCUAUUUUUGUAUUUUUGCUUGAGAUUGUGUAUGACUUGGUUUGGACAGAAAUUUAUUCUAGAAAUGUUAUAAGGCUUAAAAGAGCUCCUCCAGCUUAAGGUGACCAGAUUUUUAUUUUAGAUUAAGGA